AUUAGUGUUAUUUUAAUGUCGUGGCCGGACACCAACUCGGACACAGCCUUCCUUCUGCAGUAGCAAUAAUAAUAUUAUUAUUAAACACCAAAUAAAUACAAAUUGAUUAUAAUAAUAAUAUUAUUAUUAUUAUUAUAUUUGCAUUUGUAUAUCUAUCUGUAUUUGUAUUUUUAUUUGGUAUUUGGGAAUUGUUGAUGGUUAGUUCUUGAUCUUGAUGUCGUCCAUGUUGACCUCUCAAGGUUUGGUCUUCGCCACCGCCAUGGCCGUCUCCGCCGGCACCAUCAUCCUCUUCGAUCUCCUCCGCGACAAAUACUUCCCCCACCACCACCACCACCACCCGCCGCCGCCGCCGCCGCCAAAUCGGAAUCGGAAUCCUCCCCCCCUCAAAUCUUGCCUCUCUUCAGGAAACAAGAAAAGCAAAAAAAGAGUGCAAUUCGCUGAGGAUGUCAAAGAAUCCAAAGGAAACGGAGAAAUCUACCGGCGGCGGCGCCGGGAAUCCGAUCACGGCGCCGCCGCCGCCAAUUGCGGCAACGAAACUCUCGAACUGAAAAAAAUGCCGGCGAAUCGGGCGGCGCUGUACAGCGGGAUUCUCCGGGAUCGCCUCCACCGUAUGGAAUAUUCUUACUAAUUCCAUCUCCGGCGGCGGCGGCGGCGACAAUGCUUCUGGUUUAGUUUCUCUGUAACUUUUCCGGCGACGGUUCAAAUUGUGUAGAAAAAAACAGGGAUUUGUUGUAAAUACAGAAUUGUAAUUGGUGAAAAAAAAAAAAAAAAUCCCCAAAUUUUAGGGCUUUAUGAAUUGUCGUGUCGAUUUGUGAAUGGGAAACACAAUUUCUGGCCAGAAAUAUUUUAUUAUUUUUUGUGCAGAACGAAACCAGAAACUUCAGUUGCAGGUCCACCCAUGGCUGACAGAGGCUUUUUUGCAGAAGAGUCCCUCCAUUUCCGGAAAAUUCGCAGCACUCCCCCGGAGGUUCGUUUGACCAUUUUACCCCUCGUUCAAUUAAUUUGUAAACCAAUUGAAAUAAAUUGUGACCCCACGUAUAU